UUGAGUUUUUUAUUGCAAAAAUGCCUCAAAGAUUUAAUCAAAAUGAACAAGAGAUUAUUGCUAAGCAUAUAAAUUAGUUUUCUCGAGAAAGAGACGCUGGCAGAACACUCUUGGCCCGUGGACGCCGUAUGGAGUACAAUGCAAGGUGUAAUAAAUAUUCCUAUGUAAAAUAAAAAGCGCUUUUAAAUAAUAUAGCGAGUUGCUGAUGGUUUAGAAAUGGGCAUUUCAACAGUCCGAAGGAUUGGGAUUAAAGAGAUCGUAACUGAUGAAGAGUUCAAGAAAAAAUGAAUAAUGCCGAACAAAACUCGCCUCAAUCAGUAAUAUGUAUAGGAACAUACGUAAAAUUUUCUAAACAAUAUGAACUGACCUCAGACAUACCCUAAAACUCAUAUUUGACAAAUAAUAAUGAUGACGUAAUGGUGAACGAUAGCCGAACAGUCUUUAUCUGGAAAAAAUAGCUUUCAUGGCGUCCAUUCGUCCAACUAGUUCUCUUUGAACUUCGUCAAUCAGUUUUUCAUUUACAUUUACUAUUUUUCAAUUUUAUGCGAAGGGGCAAGUUUUAAUCACCCUGUACAUAGGUACGCGUAUUUUAUAUUUAUCAUUAAAUUCGAAGGUUUAUUUAACCGAUAAUAAUUUUAAAAUCACCUGUAUUUUCUUUUAAUUAUGAUGAAAAAAUUAUAUCUAUUAAUUAUAAAUUGUUUUUAACUGUUAAAAAAGAUUAUAGGUACCUCAUUAAAUCCAUUUUAAACAAAGGAAAUUAAAAACGAUACAAAUGCAAGGUAAUGUUUCUAUUGUUAAUAACAAAUUCGCGAUUAAAAGCUCAAGGGCAAUAUUAUUUCCUCGUAAUAAAGACCAUAAAAAUAUUUAAAAACAAUAAUUUUUAUUUAAAAUGAGCUCUGUCUAGUAAACUAUGAACAUAAAUAAAAUAUCUCACAGGAGACAAAGAACAAAAGAACGAAAAAUUAAAACAGGCGAUCCAUGACGUUGAAUUUAUUUAUAACUAAAUAAAAUGGCUAAAUUUUAACGCGGGAAAUUUUGUUACACUCAGUCGCACUUAUCAUCACAUUACCAAUGCUCAAAAUAGAAUAUCUAUUUCACAAUAUAAAAUAAACACAACGCAACCCACAAUACACCUCAAUCGAUGGCCAUUUACCUACGAAGUUACUUUUACCGGAUUAAUCUUUUAAAUCCAUAACAAGAAUGAAAUUUUCGUGACAAUCGCGUAACAAAAGGCUAUUUUUCGCCGAUUCGUCGACACUUUAACAUUGUACCUGUUAAAAAAUUUGAUUAGAAAAUGCAAAAGGUGUGAUGUAACGAAGCAAAUCAAAUUAAUAUCUGUCGACUCGCACUUAUCACAUCUAUUUUCACUUUUCGAACGGGGCGCGCUCGACUAUCUUGACUCGGAGAAUGUUUAUUUCUUUCUGCAUUCUCUACCUCCAUUCCGUUUUAUUCUAAAGCGCCAGUUAGUACGAGCACAUCCCGAAACAUUACGAUCGUUUACGAAUUUAACUCUGUGCCGUGACGUCAUAUAAUUAGAGUAAAUACAAAGUAGACGAUGGUGUCAGCGUGCCAUUUUCGUGUGCUCUUGUGAUUAAAUUCAAGAAAAAAAUGGAUAUAAAUGACAUACAGUUAAUUGGGGGUCCCUGCGGCCAACACGGGCCCUACACGUUUUUUAAGGCUUUCAAAUACGUGAAGAACGGUGUUAAAAAAAUAAUAACUCUCAGUGAGUUUUUCUUUGUGAAAAUGUGGCGAGACUCUGACUUGUUGUGCAUUGGUGAAUUGCAAUUAUUGUGGAUAGAUAAAAACAACGAACAGACUUUGGCCAGUUUGAGGCUGUAUUUCCUGCCAGAAAACACCCCAGAGGGUCGAAUGGACCAAGGAGAGGACGAAGUCCUAGCCAUAUCCGAGAAAGUGGUCAUCCGCGUCGAGGAUCUGAUCACGUGGAUCAUCGUGGAUGCGGAAUGGAGCUGGGGCAGGCUGGCCGCUUGCGAGUCCGACCUGAAGGACGUCCAGAUAGAGCCGGACCAAUGCGCUUCCCCCAGGAAACCGGCAGGAAACAGUUUCAGCUUGUCCGAAACCGGUUUGGACUAUUUCGAAAUCGAACAGGAACGCCAACAAAUCGAACCCACCGUAGACAUGGACAUGAAACCUCACGUGGUAAUCCUAAGUUUUCCAAGGUACUGUCGAUACAGGGCGAUGUUGAAAAGACUGGAAGGCGUAGAAAAUCUUUACCUGAAAUGCAAGAUCGUCAAUGCUCUCGGGGGAUUUUACGUUAAACAUCCCAACACAAGGGUAUUGUUUUGUCGAGACACGUUCGAUUAUCCCGAACUGGAAGGACACGAACUACUCUGCAACCACUUGGCUCCGAAACUCAAGGGCCGUCCUCGGAGCAAGCGGAAAAAACGGAGCAUUUCACCGGGAUCGGAAAGUAACGAAUCAGAAUCGUCUCUUACUAAUCAUUAUGUUAGAUCAUCGGAAAAAGCAAACGGAACAUCUUCAGAUCCUCCAAUCGCAACACGCCGAAGUACCCGUUCCCACGAAAACAACGAAAAUAAAGAAUUCAUGAAAACUUUGACAGUUUUCAUGAAGUCGAAGCACAUAUCGAUGGGACGAGUGCCAUCGUUAGGAUAUAAAGAAUUAAAUUUGCACGAGUUCUUCGUGAAAGUUCAGAAACUGGGAGGAUACGAUUGUGUGACGACAAAUCGUUUAUGGAAAUCUGUUUUUGAUGAUAUGACUGGCCAUCUCAACAGUACAAGCGCCGCUACUGUGAUUAGAAGACAUUAUGAAAGAUUUCUUCUUGCUUACGAAAAGCACUUAAAAGGGGAAGAAUACAAGCCUCUUUCGAUUGCUGAAAGGCGUAGAUUGAAAAGGAAGAAAUCGAGUAACGCUAGCAGCUCUUCCAGUGAUGGUGAUUCUAGCAAUGAUUCCCCUACUCCUUCUACUUCAAGGGCUAGUAGUACCCCACCUCCUAAUGAGUCUAAGGAAUUAACACCUGCUGGAAAAUUCUCAUCGCUCAGAAGCAUACGAGUUAAACCGGAAAGACAAAAGAAUAAACAGAAUUCUGUUAGUGAUAAAACAAGUGUGGCAGAUGUCAACUUGGACCAAAGUGUUAAAAUUGAAUCGCCAGAGGACGACAAAGAAAGUGUUCAUGAACUGAUAAAAAGUGAACCUGAAGAUAUUCAGGUUAAUAGUAAAAUAGAAGAUAGAUUAGAAAUAGAUUUAAAGCCUGAGUGUGAUGAUGUACAAAUAAAGAAAGAAGAAAAUCAGGACGUUAAAGAAGAAACAGAGUCCACCCCUAGCGAGCCAACAAGCAUUACUCCUUCCAUACCUGAGGGUACAAAAACCGAUAUUUCUAUUCCGGAUAAAAAUGUCGAACCUCUUACGUCGGCAGUUGCUCCUAUCGCUGUAACUGUAAUUCCCGAUAAAAUUCUAUCUCCAGUAGAAGGUAAAGAAAAUAUUCCUGAAAUAAAAACUGGAGAAACAGUGAUUCCUAAUGUUACUCCAGAAAUUACUAAUGUCCCAUAUAAAGCAAAAACACCGAACGUUGAAGCGGAUGAUGAGUACAAGAAAAAUACAGAUACAUCUUUUCUGCAAGACGUUAAGAAAAUCAAGCUAGAUAUUUUAAAGGAAGGUGGGCUAGAAGUGACGCCCGUACGUUCUGGAGUCAAUUCUCCAACUCUAAAAGAUAUUCGUCCAACAGUCAUUCAGCCAACUUCACAUUUGAGUGAAUCGAAAGCUGCCAAACUUCCGGUGUUGGUAAGCAAUCCACUACCGAGACGGCACAGUUCCGCAUCUAUAUCUCACAGUGUAAAUAUUACCCACGUAAAGGAUUCUACAAGUACUUCAAGCAGAACUAGUAGCAAAUCCGAAAGUUUUUCGUUUAAUGCUGGUUCCACCCCACCAAAAGUUGUUCAAUCAAAAUCAAUUUAUUCCUACUCAGAAAUGACUGUAUAUGGCAAUCCUAAAGAUAUGCUACAGCCGGUAAUGGCUCCUCAGACACCGAGGUUUGUUCCUGUUAAUGUUAGAUCCAACGGGGGCGAUCCGAUGGAUUUAUCUAUUACCAGUCCGCAAAAGCCAGUCGUUGAAAUUAUGCGCAUACCGCAAAGUAGUACGUCCACCUCGUACCUAACCAACGAGCGAGAACGCGUUACUAAAAACUUGUAUAAACCAUCGUCCAUCAUAUUGGAUGGUAGAAAGCUAGGUUCAAACUUGGAAAUUACUUUAGUCGGUUCAAAAUCGGCCGGUAGUGCGUCAAAAUCGUCCGGGUUUCUUUCAAAGCCAUCGUCGCACAAAAGAUCGAACCACGAACACAACGCUUUUAAGUUAGAUAGAGUCAAAGAAGACGAAAGAAUGAAGAGGUAUGGCAAAUAUCACAUUCCAACUAUGAACAAGAACAAUGCAGAAUUAACGGCUUCUCAUGGCAUGAGCGUCAAUAAUAAACCUACCGCUCGAGAACCUCCGAUGGUACAAAAACCUUUGCCGCCAUCGUUCCCACAAACGAUGCCACCUUUCCUGUCCCAAUUUGCCUCACCUGAAAGUACUAACGGAUUAAAUCAUCGCCUUAUGCCUCUGAUAGACACGCUCUAUUACCAGACGGCUUUGCAGAACGUUUACUCAAAUCUUCCUAAUAUGCCUCCGCCCAUGAUACCUCUUCCCACAUCUGAGCAACUGAAAUUUUACGCAGAACUUAUUGCUCACGGCAGGAUGAAUUCACCGUUUCCUUUGCCCAACGGACAAUCACCAUUAAAUAAUAAGAAACCGUAAUUUGAUUUUCCAUAAAGAUGAAUAGUUCUGGUCUUUAUGUAUACAGUUAAACUGGUCAGUGUGAGAUUGGAUGAGGAACCAUAAACCCAGGAUGUAAGUCUCACAAACCCUUAAAACAUAACAAUGUUUAGAAUGUCUUUCAGGCGUUCAUGAGAAUAACAGAAUUGUUAUAAUAAGAGAUAAUGUUGAUAUGUCAUCAACUGAUAAGAUUCAAUAGAGAGAGUAAGAAGAGUUAUACAUAAUGACGUACAUUUCGUGUUGUUUGUGUCUUUAUGUUUAUACUAGGAUUACAAGAUUAAGACUCUUUAAUAUACUUGUAAGCAUAACAUUUGGAAUACAUAUUUUUUUACUAAAAGUGUUAAAUCUGGCCUAUGAACUGGACUUGCCUAUUUAUUUUGAUUAGCAAUUUUUUCCUAACUGUAUUUAUAGGUAAUUAAUUGUGUUAAACCACAAUAUAAAUAUCUAAGCAGUAAGUUAGCUCUCGCCAAUUAUAUUAAGUUCGAUGUUAUAUAAAUACAAGUUUUACUUUUUGUGGGCAUUUUAUACAGGGAAAAUUUUUAGAUAUUUCAUGUACAAUGUCAUACCUAUCUUAACUGAGUUUUGGAAAUAUUAAGUGUUUCCGGUACUAUUCUUUCAAUACUUUUGACAUAUCCCCAUAAGAGAAGUCUAAUGACGUUAGAUCAGGUGAUUGUGCUGGCCACUCAAUCGAUUAUCGCCUCCCUAUCCAACAAUUUGGUAAUAUUUGGUCGGGGUACUGCCGAAUAUUGUUUUGGGCGGUGCUCCAUCUUGCUGAAACUAGAGUGUGGAGAUGGAGAUCUCUGUCGUUUUACUUUUUUUUGGGUGUUAUUUCAUUAUUCCGUAUUUUUCUUUAAUCCGCUGAGGAUUUCCUAAAAAACAAUAGCGGGAGUUUUGACGAUUAACAUUACUCUAAAGUCUAAAAUAAGUGUUCUAAUUGGAUCACAUUGUUAUCUACUGUUGUGUCAAAACCUUUCAUGAGCUCUAGAUUUCAAAUUACAUUAUAGGGGCACAUUUAAUUUUCUUUUUGCACUGAUUACCGAUUAAUGGCUAACAUUGAACAUUGGGGUCAACAGAAAUAUCUAACACAUGAUGAAAUCUUCUCUAGAGGGUAACUACCGUAUGAUCGAAAAAAUCGGCGUCCAGUGGGCUUGGAAAUGACGAUCGAUGACAUGCCAUUGUAAAUUUAUAUGGAAUUUUACGUAUAAAAUGACAGCGAUCUUCAUUUCAUAGCCAUUGCUGACGCUGUUUUUUUUUUCGAUCAUAUUGUGUAAGGUAAAUCCAACCCUAAAGAUUUUUUUUAAUUUUGACGACUUAACUUAGUGGUUAGAUUUUUAUACUACGGUUAAACAAUUUCAUAAUCAAUAAAAAUAUUAUUUGUACCUCUGACUACAUCAUGCCUUAGACUAGGAGCAUCAUGCAUGGUUAAAUAAUUAACACAAUAUAAAAGGUACUGUGAUUUUUGUAUCACGGUUUAUUUAUUUGUUUAUGGCACUAUUAUAUUUAUAUACUGAAUUAUAAUGAGUUUAUAAUUUUAUUAUUUAUUGAUAUGCUUUUUUUUUCUAAUUGACAAUAAAUUGAAAGCGAUUGCACUAAUUUAAAUAUUAUUAAAAUAUUUAUUAUGUUUUUUAAUAAUAUUUAAAAUAGUGCAAUAAUUAUAAUUUUAUUAUUGAAUUAUGUACGAUUCUAUUCUUGAAUGUUUUUUAAUUCAUUUUCAUCACUUCACGUCUAGAUAUUGGUAUUUAUUUUGUUAAAUGGGCAAAUUUUAUGUUACGACUGUUAAGUAAUACUGUUAAAUUAAAUGUUGUUAAAAUACCAAAAUAUUAUUUCAUAUAUGUUAAGUUUUAAACAUUAAUCAUGAAAGUCGGUUUUAUUUAAAGAGACUAACAAAGUCCUAUUUGUAUAGUGCUAUCUAGAUGACGAUUGCAUCGUACUGAAUAUUCCACUGAAUUAAGAAAUAAAUGUGCGUUUACAGACAUCCAUCAUGCGUCAUUCGUUGUUAAUAUUAUGCAAUUUUUGUGGUUUAUUUCUAAAAUGACAGCACAUUAGAUUAGAUUAGAUUCUUCGAGAUGGCUAUCGCCCUUAUAAACUGCAACCUUUUCAGAAAGUCUAUCUUAAGGUAGUAUCAGACACAGCUACUUUUGUUGCGCAAUUUUUUUGCAGCCGCUGCAAAAGUUGCAUACAGUGUUAGGGUACAAACAUAGUGAGGCAUCUCGAUGCGAUGCUCGCCGCUAUGCACAUUCUACGCGCAGUUACUCGCCAUUUUAAAACAGUACUUAAAACGUGCGCGUAGGGUGCAUCGCGGCGAGCAUCACAUCGAGAUGCCCCACUAUGUAUGUACCCUUAGAUACACCAGCGGAAAGUAGCCCAAAACGCGCAGUUUUUAUGCAGCAGCUGCCUAAAAAAGUUGCAAGUCGACACUACAUGCUUUUCAUAUGUUCACACCAAAACGCUACUUUUGCAACAUAUUUUGGUAGCCGCAGCCUUGGAGGGGCAACAUUCAACAGUACACCACCCACAGCUCAAGGUAUCGUAUGUGUACCUUUUGGGAGAUGUUUGCGUUUUUUUUAAAUGGAUGACGCAACAGUGUUAGCAGCGGCAUAUUUAUAUGUGACUUUGGCAGCGAAACAAAAGCGGCGACAAAAAAAAACAAGAGUGUGGGUCAGGGAAUGGAUAAGAAAGAGCGAACAGUUGAGUGCAUUCAAUAAUUUACUUACUGAAUUGAAUGCUCAAGACGAGUGGCACUUUAAAAAUGGAUUUUAACAACAUCUUAGAAAAAGUAAGUCUUUACUAAAUACCUAAAUAUAAAUCCUGGAGUUAACUGAAAGAAAGUGUAUACAUUUCGGACAUACCAUCAGAAUACUUCACCGAUGUUCGCAGUAAAAGUUUCAAGUGAUUAGUAAUCUUUUGCUGCACUUGCAACCUUCCUCAACAACUGUUCACACACGGCUAUUUCUUAAACUGCGCACAACAAAAAAGUAGCCUACGCAACCAAGCUGCGAUCGCAACGUUGCAGGUUGCGCAGUUUUUAAUGUACUGCGCAACAAAAGUAGCUAUGUCUGAUACUACCUUUACUUUAUUUUUUCGUGUCCGGACAAAACAAAAUUCUUAAAACUUAAUAUUAAAUAAUUUCCGUUCAUUGCCGGGCUACGUUAAUUGCGUUUUCAUUUGCCAGCCAUAAAUCUUGAGAACUACAAGUAUAAAGUCAGUUUCUGCAUCUGGUACAUGCUCCAUGUCUUGUUCUUCGCCGCAUUCACACUGGGUGUCCACAUUCUGAUUUAUACACCAUUUCACUAGGUGGGCUUUUACUGUAGCGACAUUAAGUGUUCUCCAGGUUUUCCAAUUCAAAUGAACUCCCGUCGGUGGAUCUUGAUAAAAGGGGAACUCGUCUGGUGGUUCAACAUUUACAGUAUUUAUGAAACCUUAUGCCUCUGAUAGACACGCUCUAUUACCAGACGGCUCUGCAGAACGUUUACUCAAAUCUUCCUAAUAUGCCUCCGCCCAUGACACCUCUUCCCACAUCUGAGCAACUGAAAUUUUACGCAGAACUUAUUGCUCACGACAGAAUGAAUUCACCGUUUCCUUUGCCCAAUGGACAAUCACCAUUAAAUAAUAAGAAACCGUAAUUCGAUUCUGGUCUUUAUGUAUACAGUUCAACUGGUCAGAGUGAGAAUGGGUGAGGAACCAUCCCGUCGGUGGAUCUUGAUAAAAGGGGAACUCGUCUGGUGGUUCAACAUUUACAGUAUUUAGGAAACCUCGACGGGAUUUCUGUCGUUGGAGGUGUUUCAGUUGCAUUAAGUGCAUGCCUGUUAUCGAACGAAUGUCAGAACCUUUCUAUAUACUCAAGUUCACUACGACGUGUUGCGGGAGAGUUGAAGCUUGCUGCCUUAUAUAAUCUGUUUAGCUGCGUUGCUUUCAUGCAGCCAGUAGUUAUUCUGCACGUCUCAUUCAGAGCCACAUCGACUUGCUUAGAAUGGGCAGAUCCGCACCAAACGGGACAAGCAUAUUCACUAGCUGAGAAACAUAAGGUUUGAGUUGUUGGUUGGCUUUUUCAGCAGUUGAUUUCUUGUGGUGACUUUGUGUUUAAUACAAUCCCCAAGUAUUAUUACAGAGAACCGCACAUUUGAUAGGUUAUCGUACCAACAUAAAAUGUGUUCGGUCGUUUCUUAUUCAGGUUGACGGAACCUGCAUAUGGACAGAAAAUACACCAACACUAUAAAAUUUUUUUGUCAAAGAUCUUUUAUAGUAUAAAUGAUAUUUUAUGAAAGCACUACGCCACUGCCAGAGUGUUCCUUACAGCAUUACAUAUUUAAAUAUCGGUUUCACAUAUGUCUUUUCGAAAUAUAAAUAGUUUGAUGCAAUCGUCAUGUUUUGUGAAUCGGAGUAUAUUAUAAUAUACCCUUAGUUUUUCUAAGGGUAUGAAUUUUUCGUAUUAUUUAUUUUUUGAAAAUAUUACUUUUAAUUUGGUAUUAUAUAAAUUAUAAAUAUAAUUUGAGGGAUAAAUUGAAAGUGUUAUAUAUUUAAAAAAUUACCUGUAUAUACGAAACAAUUGGAACUAUUGCGUCAUAAUAUCGGAGUCGGACCAUCUUAUAAUAUGAGAAUAUUUUUAAAGACUUUUCAAAAGUGUACAUACAAAGGCCAGAUUCAAGUUUAGUGUCUGUGAUUUAAAUAUAUAUUUAAAUAGUCGACGUAAUACACCAAUUUAGGUUUUGUACAGACUUUUUUCUCGAGUUAGUUGGUUUAAGUUUUGUAAUUGUAGUAGUGUACAUAAUCUUUACUUUUAUAUUUCUAUAUUAAGUGUUAUUGUAUGGCUUAAGCUAUUUGCCACUGAAUAUACCAUAAUAACAA